AUGUCGCGAACCCCAUCAUAUAUCCAAUUUGCACCCCGCCGUGCGAUGGCGUCCUUUGAGAAUCUGGUCGCACUCGCAAACCACCAAGAACGACUCCGGGAAGCUCGAAGGAUUGUCUGGAGGGAGCGCGGAGAGCCCGCUGUUGAGCUUGAAGACCUUUGGGAGUGUGUAGAGCACGCGGGGCGUGGAGGAUUAAGAGCUGCAGCUAUCGCUUUUGCUCUCCGUGCAAGCGUGAAUCUUGUGCUGGCAACUAUACGAAUGGGAAAGGUGCCAAAGAAUAUGAGGCUCUCACUCAUUCAACAUGCGAUCUUUGGAAAGGACUCCUUUAGAUUCGCGGCCAUGCUUGGCUCCUUUGUGACUAUUUACAAGGCAACACUCAAUGCUCUCCCCAUCUUCCUUCCUGUCGAUGAAUGUGCAAGCCUACACUCACCAUUUGAGAACGAAGAUCAAGAUAUCGCAGCCCCACCAACGCCUUUCGAGGUUCCCCUCUCAGACAGACAACCGCGCCUUUCCUUGAGUGCUCAAGCACAUCAAGUGUGGGUGCGUAAGAAGACGCGAAGAUGGUACUCUAUGUUAGCUGGUGCUCUGGCCGGUGGUCUCGCUGUUAUGUUUGAAAAGCGAUCAAGAAGAGUGGUCAUCGCACAACAACUCUUCGUUCGAGGCUUACAAGGUUCAUAUAACGUGUUCACGUCGAAGCACGGUUUCCAUCUACCCAAUGGAGAAGUGCUCAUGUUUUGUCUUUGCUGUACACAAAUUGUGUACGCGUUAUUUUCACGACCAGACACACUCCCGCGAUCAUACACCACAUGGCUUACAACUGCGUCGGGUGCUUCAUCAAACGCGAUUAAGAUAGUUCAAGACAUGAACCAAACUCGGACGUUUGACAUACAGGACAUCAACAAGAUCCUCGAUCACGAGGACAUUAUCCCCGAAAAUAAGGUCGCUCUUCUUGCUAGAAAGGCGCUGGCUACCAAUUCGCCCCCUGACUUUGGCCCCCACCCUCCCUGUAGCGCCGUGCACCCCUGGGUAGAAUCGUGUACACACGUGCCGCUACCGCGCUUUGUCACAGUGUUCAAAUGGGCCUUCCCAAUCUACGGUGCUCUGCAUUUUGUCCCGAUGGUAUUGUUCAAGCGGCAUGCAUUCUUUAAGAACCCAUUACAGAAUCUUGGACGUGCAGGAUGGGCUACAAUACGGAGUUCUGCGUUCUUAGCAACUUUCAUUGCUACGUUCCAGACAUGGGUCUGUUUCAAGCAUUACCUUUACCGGAUGCUGUCCUCCCAAACUUUAGUCAAGCUCCCACAGAAAUUGAUCGACUUAUUUCUUUUGUCGAAGUAUUCCUAUGGACUCGGUGGAUUUUUUGGUGCGCUUUCGCUCCUUGUCGAGGAAAAGCGGAGGCGAGGAGAGCUCGCGAUGUAUGUCCUACCGAAGGGCAUGGAAAGUGCCUGGUUGACGGCAAGAGGCAAGGGCUGGGUAUUUCACACCGGUCAGUUUGGGGAGAUGAUUCUCACUGCGAUCGGAAUGAGUAUGGUUAUGAGCAUUUAUCAGAAUGACCCUCAGCAUCUGUCUGGGCUUGUAAGGCGGAUAUUGUAUCAGUUCAUCGGACCUAACUAA